AUGUCGCACUCCUCAUUACAGCAGAGAAGAACACCGACUGGUCGACGGUGGCAGAGCACAGAUGCCGCCGCAGCGCAAGUCAGCCCGAAGAUUGCUGGGAUAGUGGAUCAGAUCAGCACGUUGACGUUACUGGAAACGGCGGAUCUGGUUAGCAGUUUGAAGGCACGCCUCAACAUCCCAGACAUAUCCUUCGCACCCCCCGCAGCAGCAGGAGGCGGCGCGCCCGGUGCCGCUGCCGCCGCACCGGUAGAGGAGGAAGAGGCAGCCGCACCCGCAGCCGCAGAAAAGAGUUUGUUCAAUGUCAAGCUGGUGAGCUUUGACGCGGGCGCAAAGGCGAAGGUGAUCAAGGAGGUGAAAGCGCUGUUGGGGCUGAGUUUGGUUGAGACUGCGCCGAAGAUACUGAAGGAAGGAGCGGUAAAGGAUGAGGCGGAGAAGAUCAAGGCGACGAUGGAGGGGUUGGGUGCGAAGGUUGAGGUUGACUAA